AUGUGCGCCCUAAAUUGCCGUGCUCGUAUCUUGGCUUCCGUCUUCCAUCCCCCGCUUGACAUCGGUAGCUCGAAGCUGAUUUUCUCGUCGAACCAGCUGGCUGGUAUCACUGCUGAGCCGCCGUCACUCUCUCCCAAUCUCGGAAGUGAUGAAUCUCGAGUUCGUGCGCCAUCCUUCGGCCCGCUACAACAUCGGCUACGGAAGCUUAGCACGCGUCUCUCCCGGUCGUCGAGAUCCGACAGCUCAUGCAAUAUUCAAUCACUUUCUGCCGCUGAUAUCAAGGGAGCCCUCGGUCUGAACUUGCUUCAUGAGCCCUCAGAGACAGCAAUCGACUUUGUGUUCAUUCACGGUCUGGGUGGAGGAUCGAGGAAAACAUGGAGUCAUUCAGCCGAGAUUGGCAUGUUUUGGCCUAAAGACUGGCUGCCGAAUGAGGCUGGCUUCAAACACGUCCGCAUUCAUAGCUUUGGGUACAACUCGGACUGGACAACACGGAAGGACAGCCGGUUAACAGUUCAUGACUUUGGACAAGCGCUGCUUGCCGAUCUUCACAACUCCCCUUGCCUUCGCAAGAAUGGCGAUACACCGAUUGUGUUCAUAUCUCAUAGCAUGGGUGGCUUGGUGGCCAAAAAGGCGUACCUCAUAGCCACGCGUGAUCCGAAUUACGAAACUAUUGGGAAGAGAAUCCAUACUAUGUUAUUCUUAGGCACACCUCAUCGCGGAGCUGAUUCUGCAAGUGUCGCGAGAUUGCUCCGUCAGUCGGCUGGGUACGGCUCAAAGGCGUUUCUAGAUGAUUUGAUUCCCGGCAGUGGAACACUAGAUGUAAUUCUUCUUGCUAUAAACGAGAAGCAGCACCUCGGAUCCUGUACGUGGUUGACAGAUAGUGAUAGAUUCCAGAAAUGGAUUGAUGGGCCAAUCGGUCAUUGGGGCGACAAAGAGCCGUUGUCAGAGCCUUCCAGAGAUCUGAAGUCUAGGCUUUUGUGGCUCAAUGGCCGCCCCGGGACCGGGAAGACUAUCGCUGCCGGCCAUGUAAUCCGACAUCUCCAAUCUCGCAACCUCGACUGCAGCUUUUACUUCUUCAGGCACGAGGAAAAUUCUUCCUCCACUCUAGCCAUUUUGAUGAGAUCCUUAGCUUUUCAAAUGGCCGACUCUAAUUUUGAGGUGCGCCAAACUCUAGCUUCUAUGGCCGAGGACAACAGAACCAUCAAGUUUGAGGAUCACUAUUUCCUCUGGGCAAUUCUGUUCAACGAAUGCAUUUUCAAAGCAAAAUUCGACAGGCCUCAAUUCUGGGUUAUAGACGCGAUUGACGAAUGCUCCUCCGAAGACCUACCUGGCUUGAUUUCCAUGCUGUCCAACAUGGAACAAACGUUACCCAUCAGAGUCUUGGUUACCAGCAGACCUGGUGGGCAAGUUAGGCGGUAUCUAACACUGGAACGCACGGAUUUUUCGGAGAUAACCACGGGCGAAGAGGGUUCGCUUAGAGACAUCGAAGUGUUUGUUGAAGCCAUGUUUCUUCAGACAUAUGAUGCCGAUCAAUACGAUGGCAUACAGACUCUUGUUGCCGAUGUUCUUACAAAAGCGGACGGCAAUUUUUUAUGGACGUCCCUCACAAUAGCCCGUCUGGAGAAGUCAUACAGUUUAGAAGACAAGCAAGAUGUUUUGCGACAAAUUCCGCCGCAGAUGGACGAGCUUUAUUCCCGCACACUCGAUUUGAUAUCCCAAUCGCCUAGCGCCGAGCUGGCCGAAUGUGUGUUGAAGUGGGUGAUUUGUUCACCAAAGUCGCUUCACAUCAACGAGCUAGCCGAGGCUGUGAAGCUGGAUAUUGGGAAGACUUUAGCAGCCAAUGGAAGGGAGCUGGAGAGCAUGACGGGACACCUCGUUGUCGUGGACGGUCAGUCAUACAUUCGCGUCGCACAUCUAACGACAUCAGCCUUCUUAAGCCAACAAAGAGACGAGGGCUUCUGGAUCAAUACUGGGAUAGCACAUUCAGAAAUUACUGAAACAUGUCUCGGCCUGCUGUGCAGUUCGAAUUUUGCGCCACCAAGAACGCAUCGAGGAGUCGCAGCGGCCAGGAUGACUUCCCUUUCCCCACUAUCAGAAUAUGCUGCACUCAGCUUCCCUUACCAUCUCAUUCAAGCCUCCUCGGCCGCUGGGUCUUCGCUUCUCCUCCUAGCAAAGUUUUUCACUACCAACGUCCUAACCUGGAUUCAACGAACAGCUACAGCUGGGAACCUGUGGACUUUGCAGCUCACUGCCCAGAGACUU